UAAAAGCCCAAAAAGAGGCCAUUAGCGAACGAAUACACUGAACCCAAAAGAGCGCGCUCUUCUUUCCAAUGUAGGCGACGAUAAGCCAAUACCAGUCCACCUUCCAUUGCCUUCCAUCGACAACGCUGUUUAUUUCAUGUUCAACUUCUUUCAUCAAAGGUUUUGAUGGCGUCAAGAUUUUCAAAAUUGAAGCAGUUGCAAUCUCAGGCGUGCCAAGCGUCGAAGUUUGUUGAGGUGAACGGAACUGCUUACUACAAGCAGUUGUUGGAGCAGAACAAGCAAUACAUUCAGGAGCCGCCUACAGUGGAGAAGUGCAACGAGUUGUCUAGGCAGCUUUUUUACACUCGCCUUGCUAGUAUCCCUGGCCGUACGGAGUCAUUCCGGAAGGAGCUAGAUUAUGUCAAGCACAUGUGGAAGAACAGGAAAGAACUGAAAGUCGAAGAUGCCAGUAUUGCUGCUUUGUUCGGAUUGGAGUGCUUCUCGUGGUUUUGUGCCGGUGAGAUAGUGGGAAGGGGUUUUACGUUCACCGGUUACUAUGUCUGAAGGUGAUUCAGGCAGGAACGUUUUACGGGGAGUUGAUGUGUAUGCCUUGAUCAUCGUUUGCACCAUUUGAAUUGCGACCACACCGGUCAUGAGAGUUUUGAAGCUGAGAAAUCAGUGAUUAGCUUGAUAGCCUUAAUAAAUCUUGAUAGAGUAUGUUGAUAAUAAUCCCUUGCUAUUGUCUCAUUAUCUCUUGAUAACUUAUUACGUUACACACCUUAUAAACACAGCCGCUCGAA